UCCCCCCUCCUGCUUCCCUUACCAAGCUCUCGCCUCUGCCCUCUUCCUACACCAAAGCUCAUCUCCGCGUGCUCGAUGCCGCACUACUACCACCAGGACUGCCACUACUUCUUCCGAACGUCUCUGCGUGGAUUGUCCAUCGCCACGCACGUUUGCAUGCUACAUUCCUAAGUCCACCCGCUUACCAUCACCAUGACUACAGUACGCACUCUGCAAUCCAUUGACUCCACCCUCCUCAAUCGCACCCGCGGCAAGUCGGGUUCGUCCAAGAUGGCGGAUCGCUCCGAGGCCAGUGCCAAGGAGGCCGCCAACGAGUACUCCAAGGACGACCAUAAUCCCGUCACCAACAAUAGCGGCAAGACUAAAUCCGGCAUCACGUUCGCCGCCCAGGACAACCUGCCUAAGCUGCCCAUUCCUGACCUCGAGGCGACGUGCAAACGCUACUUGGAAUCUCUCUAUCCGCUCCAAACCCACCGCGAACACCAGGACAGCGAGAAUGCCGUCGAGGAGUUUCUGCGAACCGACGGGCCUGGCCUGCAGGACAAACUCAAGUACUACUCCGCUGACAAGACCAGCUAUAUCGAACAGUUCUGGUACGACUCGUAUCUCAACUUCGACAACCCCGUCGUGCUGAAUCUCAAUCCCUUUUUUUUGCUCGAGGAUGACCCGACCCCGGCUCGUGAUAAUCAGGUCACCCGCGCCGCGUCUCUCGUCAUGUCCGCUCUAUCCUUCGUCCGUGCGGUCCGAAAAGAGGAGCUGCCGCCCGACAUGCUCCGGGAUCAGCCAUUAUGUAUGUACCAGUACUCCCGCUUGUUCGGUACGGCUCGUAUUCCCACGGAGAACGGAUGCCAGAUCGGCCAGGAUCCAAGCAGCAAACACAUUGUCGUGUUGUGCAAAGGCCAGUUCUACUGGUUCGAUGCUCUGGAUGACAACAGCGAUUUGAUCAUGACCGAGAAGGAUCUGGCCGUGAAUCUUCGGGUUUGUGUCGAAGACGCCGAAAACACACCCAUCUAUGAAGCGGCAAAAGGUGCCGUUGGCGUCCUGAGCACGGAGAACCGCAAGGUGUGGUCCGGCUUGAGAGAUGUCAUCAGCAAAGACGAGGGCUCCAACAACAGUGACUGCCUCAACAUCGUCGAUUCCGCCCUCUUCAUCCUAUGUCUGGACUACACCGAGCCCAAGACGAGCUCCGACUUGUGUAUGAACAUGCUCUGCGGAACCUCCGUCGUAGAGAAAGGCGUCCAGGUGGGCACGUGUACCAACCGAUGGUAUGACAAGUUGCAAAUCAUCGUGUGCAAGAACGGCAGUGCCGGUAUCAACUUUGAACACACUGGUGUGGAUGGCCACACCGUCUUGCGCUUCGCCUCCGACGUCUACACCGACACCAUCCUCCGAUUCGCCAAAAGCAUCAACGGCCAAGCCCCAUCGCUCUGGACAUCGACCUCUCCGGAUCCCUCGAAGAGAGAUCCCGACAGUUUCGGCGAUGUCAGCACCACCCCACACAAGCUGGAGUGGGACAUGAUCCCGGAAAUGGCGACCGCCCUCCGUUUCGCCGAGACACGCCUGGCAGAUCUGAUUCAACAAAACGAAUUCGCUACACUAGAGUUCAUGUCGUACGGCAAGAACUUCAUGACCUCCAACGGCUUCUCACCCGACGCGUUUGUCCAGAUGGCCUAUCAAGCAGCUUACUACGGCAUGUACGGCCGGCUGGAGUCUCAAUAUGAGCCCGCCAUGACCAAAAUCUACUUCCACGGCCGCACAGAAGCAAUUCGACAGGUGACGCGCGAGAGCACCGAGUUCGUGCGCACCUUUUGGGCGGACAAGGAGCCGCAAGCGAAGAUUGACGCCCUCCGCAAAGCCUGCGAGAAGCACACCAAGAUCACCAAAGAGUGCUCGAAAGCCGAAGGCCAUGACCGCCACUUGUACGCGCUGUGCUGCUUAUGGCAACGCGAGGCGGAGAACUCGCUGCGCGACCGCGACAGCGCGAGCACCGGGACCAACGGCCGCGCCAGCCCAGCAUCGACAUCCAAGUCGCCCUCGCAGCGCAACAGCCUGCUCAGCGACGACAGUGGCGCGAGCGCCAACGCCAGCCCGCUGCGCUCCAACCACUACCACAACAACUCGCUGCCGUCCAUCUUCGCCGACGCCGGCUGGGACAAGAUCCAAAACACCAUCCUCAGCACCUCCAACUGCGGCAAUCCGUCGCUGCGCCACUUUGGCUUCGGCCCGACGUCCGGCGACGGUUUCGGCAUCGGGUACAUCAUCAAGGACGGCUCCAUCUCCAUUUGCGCGAGCAGCAAGCACCGGCAGACGAAGCGCUUCGUCGACGCUAUCGAAGCGUACUUUAUCGAGAUCCGCAAGUUGUUGCGCCAGACGCAACAGGGCGGGGGGCAUGAUAAGGGGGCGAGUCGGGCGCGCGAGGCGGAGUCGAAGCGGCCGCGUGGCGCGGGGCAGCGGGUGAAGAGUCGCGGGCGGAUUGUGGAUAGCACGACUGCGGCUGGGAAGCAGUUGGAGAAUGAGAGUACGGAGGAGAGCGACGAUGAUAUGGGAGGAUACGGCUUUUUCGACGCUGGCAUGCUUAUGCAGGCGAUCAAGGCCAACAGUGCGGAGAACAAGGAGGAUCCGGCGGAGAAGAUGCGCGCGGAGCGACGAGGGUCGGUGGGGACCAAGUUGCGGCUGGAAUAUUGAGGGGACAUUUGGGCAUGUGCAUUUCUGAGAAUGUGAGGGCAAUGUGGAAGGGAAUACGAUGUGAGGAAACAUUUAGACGAGUCGCGAUCAUUUGACUGCGGGAAAGGGUCUGGGGGCAUUGCAUGGAGUGUGCGCUUUAACUGAAGAUUAUUCACGAAUUCAGGCAUGGCACGUGUGUGGAAGAUUCAUGAUGUCUAUCAGUCGAUGCUUUUGAUGAAGUUCG